AUGGUUUUUCUCUGUGAAGCCUUCUACAUUGUUUCCUUUGGCUCGGGUUUCUUUUUGGGCUGUGACCCGCUGAAAAUUGCCGGUUCUGAUGCUAACGCAAAUUUGGGAGAAUUCUCACUUAACACGAGCUGCAAUGCCGGUUGUGAUUGCUCGACCAGCGUUUUUACUCCCAUUUGCGGACCUGACCAAACCACAACUUAUUUUUCGCCUUGCCAUGCUGGUUGCAGCAGCUUUAAUUUGUCAAAUUCGACAUUCAGCGACUGUUUGUGUUUCAAUGGAACAGCCACUAAAGGCUACUGUCAAUCUGACGUGACUGGAUGCACAAACUUGAUCCCGUUUAUAAGUAUUCUCACGAUGGGAGGCAUCAUCGCUUCAAUUGCUCGUACUCCAGGAGCGCUCAUUUCACUGAGAAAUGUUGAACCUUACGACAAGGCAUAUGCAAUUGGUUUUGCCGCCAUUGUGUUGGAUGUAUUUGGUUACAUUCCUACAUCAGUCAUUUUUGGUUUCAUCAUUGACAGUGCCUGCUUAAUUUGGGAAAGCAAGUGCGGUGAUACAGGCAACUGCUGGGUUUACGAUCAUGAUAAGUUCCGCAAUUAUUUACACGGGACGGCUGUUUUUUGCUUAGUGAUGGCUAGCGCUUUUGAUUUUGUAGCGAUUUUUUUGGCAGACCGUGUCAAGAACUUUUACGAUGACAGUGAUGAUGAAAGCAACAUAAAAAACCGUAUGCUUGAUAAAAGUAAAACUGAUCUAGAAGAAAAUAAUAUGAUUGCUGAAAUGAAAGAAAUCGGUCAAACCGAGUUACUAGCAUAA